AAUCAACAAUACAAAGAAGCACUAGAAAUUGCCAAAGAAAUUAUUGAUUACAGAAAUAUAAAAAUGAUUGUGGCUAAUUGCUAUAAGGAAAUUGGUCAUGACGAAUCUGCUUUUAAACUCUGUAAAGAAAUUGCAAAUAAAAAAAUAGAAGAUUCAAAGAAAGAAAAAAGAUUUAAUGAAGUAGAACAACUUCUUAGAACGACAGAAGAUAAGUUCAAAAAUGAUCUUGAAAUUUGA